UUCAAUGUGUGUGAUAUGUUAUUGUCUACAUUUCUUUUAAAUGUAUAAUGUUUUUAUUUAAAAUCUAAACAUGAAUUUCGUGUAAAAAGUUUUUUUAUCUCAAAUUUUACGAAAUGGCCGAAAGAUUCAACCGAUUUCACGAAGAUCGUGAUUAUGAGGACAAAAAUAUUGAUACGUAUGAUGAUGGACUCAUGGAACUUGAACAGUCAUCAAUGACCCAGCCCAUUUCACAGGACAAUUUGGGCUACCAGUUACUUCAAAAACAAGGAUGGAGUAGUGGUAAAGGAUUAGGGCGGACUGAGCAGAAUAUUUAUUUCAUGACACUUGUAGGUCGCCUUGAUCCUCUACCUAUUGUCUUGAAAGCAGAUAUUAUGGGCUUUGGCAGAUGGGAAAUGGAGAUGGAUUAUGCUGAAGAAACAACUGAGAAACGUCGAGUUUUAGAAACUGAAAAGGAAGAUACUGUUGAAUUACAACAAAAAUAUAAGGCUGUUCAAGAAAAAGAGAAAGCAGUACAAGAAGGCCUUGCUAGUCUGAAAGCCAAUUUCUUCUGUGAUUUGUGUGAGAAGCAAUAUUAUAAAUAUCACGAAUUUGAUAACCACAUCAAUUCUUAUGAUCAUGCUCAUAAGCAGCGCCUAAAGGAUCUUAAACAAAGAGAAUUUGGACGAAAUGUAGUUUCAAAAUGGAAAAGGGAGGAUAAAAGGAAGGAAAAGGAAGCUAAGAGGUUACACGAACUUGCAGAAAAACGAGCACAAGCUGCAGAAAUAAGAGGUCCUGUUGAAAUGGGAACUGGUGAGAAAUUCAUACCUGGUGGUGGUUUCAAGGCGAUUGAUAGCAAAAAUGGAGAAAAUGUCACAGACAGUGAUUUUCAAAAUGAUGAUAUUGAGCCCAAGCACAUGAUAGACUUCGAAGAUUGUUCGUCUAAUAUGGCUUCCAAUGCUUCUGAAGAAGCACCAAUGGCUGAUUUUCCUGAAUCAGUGCAUCCAGAAGCAACAGAAUUGGUAGAAGCUGCAGAUGAGUCCUUCAAUUCACAAGACAGCUUCAAUGUGGAUGAUUUUGAGGGUGAAGAUAGUUCUCCUGUUGCUCCCUUAGAUUAUGAAACAAACUCAGUUGAUAAUCAAAGUGAGAAUAAAGAUAUUUCAAACUCUCAAUGUGAAAUAAGUGAAUCUUCAGCAGCUGAUGAAUUAGAGAACAGUAGCAAUGAUCUUCAAGAAUCUGUCGAACAUGAUGUGAAGGCUGCAACUAUUACAGCUGAUGAAGAUGAUUUGGAUUUGCCUCCGUUACCUGAAGGUGAUACUAAACCGUGUGAUCAAAUUGAAAUGGCCAGUGAUACAUCAGUACUUAACCAAGGGACGGGGUCAGAAAAUGUUGAUAAAUCAAAUGAUAAGACAGCUGAAGAUAUAUCGGAAAGUAACUUUUAUAAUUUUGAAGUUUCUAAGGAAGAAGAACCAUUUGUGUCAAAAUCUGUUGUGUUACUUGGGAAAGCACUAGCAAGAAAGAGGCUGAUGGCUUUUUCUCAAAGUAAAUUAACAAAUAUUUCUAAAAGGGAUUCUGUUUUAUCAAAAUCUGGUUCGUUAUCAUUUAGUUUAGCAAAAAAAUCCAAUCAAAAAGUCGGUGCAGAUGUCGUUUCAGCUUUCAAAGAAGAGGAGGAAGAUAGUGAACAAAGCAGAGGGGAAUCUUCCGCAAAAAGUGAUAAAGAGGAUGCUGGAAAGAGUGAAGAUAGCUCAUCAGCUAAAACAGAGAUGUAUCCAAAUCAUCCUCCCGAUGCAUUUAGCAAGAAGCCAAACUUUGGAUUCCUUACUUUUGUUAAGACAGUUGCGGUUGAAGACUCUGAAAAGCCGGAGGAAGCAUCCGCAAAGGACGGGGAAUCCAUUGCAGACAAAAGCUCUCAUUCAGGGAAAUCCGAUAGGGAACGAAGUCGUCAUUCAGAGGAGAGGAAUAGCAGGAGACAAGAUAGAGAAAGGCGAAGGUCUCGUGAAUGGAAAAAAUCUCCGGAAAGACACAGUCACAGGUAUGAAGACAGGGACAGAGGAAGGAGGUAUGAUCAGUAUGAAAGAAGGCGGUCUAAAGAAAGGAGUAGAAGCAGAAGAUCAGCUGAGAGAGAUCAUAGAUCGUCAGAAAGGACGAAAGAUAGACGGCAUAACGACAAGCAAGACACUGAUAGGAGAAAAUAUGCUGACCGAAACAAGUCUCCAGAAAAAGAGAGAGCUAAGCAUUCUUCAGAUUCAAAAUCUAAAAAGUCAGAUGAUUCGAAAAAAGCAAGCAAUUUGGAAAGGGAAAAGUUGGCAGCAGAUUCAGAGCAACUUGAGCAAAAAUCUGCAAAAUGUAAGGAUAAUCUUCCUGAGGUGUUAGCUGCAAACUCUGAGAAACAGUUCGUUUCUGAAGAAACUUGUUCCAAUGUUCUAAAAGAUUUAAUUGCAAAUGAAAUUAGUUCUUCUAUUGAAAAAUGUGUGAAUGAUAGUAGAGGUAGCAGUGUGUCUAAAAUUAAGUCUGAAGUUGUCCAUCCGACUUUAAAUGAGAUAUGCAGUGAUAAAGCGCAAUCAAAGUCAACAAAAUUGGAGCGUGAGGAAUUGGCACUGAGUGAAGAAAAUAAUUUUGAAGUGAAAGGUGUAGGAACUUUUUCUCAUUCGCUUGAUGCCCCAGAUGCAAAGAUUUCCGUUGCUUCAAGCAUAAAGUGUGAAAUAAAUGAUGCUCAUGUCGACAGAGCUGAUGCUCAGGAUUACCUUGAGUGUUAUGAACCUUAUGUGAAGUCUGAAAGUUUUGAAAAGAUCAAAGAAAAUGAAGAUUCUAAAUCUUUAGACAUAAAACUGCUACCUGCGUUAGUUGAUACAAAUGUUCCUUUGAAAAAAGAAUCAAGUACUUGUGAUGAUUUAAAAUCUGAAGUAAAAAUUGAACAAACUAACAAAAAGCUAAGCAAUGAAGAACUUAAAGAAAAUAAGGAUAUGUUAGUGUCACCUAUUUCUGAUAGUAAAACUUUGAAAAGAAAGAAAAAAUCUCAGCCCAGUUCUGCAGAUCUGAAGAAAUCUGAAAAAUCAAAGAAACGCAAAAAGAAAACUAAUAAACUUUUGUCUCAAAUGCUUAAAAACAAAGCAUUUAAAAAAUUCUGUCAGGAGUCGGGCCUAGACAUUUCUGAUAAUUCGAAAAAAAUUGAGGCUACUCUUCAAAUGCUGUAUAAAGCAAUGUCUGAAAAGAAAAAGAAAAAACGAAAAACUGAACCAAGUGUUUCUGAUGAUAGUGAUUCGUCCAGCAGCUCAAGUAGCAGUUCUUCGGGUGCUUCUAGCAGUGCAUCAGGAACUAGAAGUGAUGAUUCUUCUAGCAGUUCAUCCAGUAGUGAUAGCGAUGAUCCUGUGAAUAAAAAAUCAAAAAAGAAGAAAGUAAAAUCAAUGAAAAGUACUUUGUCAGAGAAUGCUAAAGGUAAAGACAAUUUAGUGUUAGACUGUAUUCAAGUUCCUAAAGAUAUUGAAGGCAUUCACGAGUCCAUUUCAAAUAAAAAUGAUGAAAAUAAUUUAAAGAAAGAUAAAAGAAAACUUGCUCAUGGUACAAAGCUGGACAAAAAUAAGCAGACAUUAAAACAAGAUGCAAAUGUGAACAGCGAAAUACCUCCUUCUUAUCUAGAACUUAAUAUUGAACAAAAAUCACCUAAGCAGGAAAAAUUUAAAAAGGAAGUCACAAAUGAUGAUUUGUGUUCUAAUAAAAUACAGAAGUUUAAUGAGGUAAUUGAAAACAAUCUACAUGAGAAUAGCAAAAAGUGUAAAAAUUGAGUUUCAAACUGACAAAGAUUCUGCAGUUGGAUUUGCAGAAUCUUCCACUACUACUGAAAGUUUGCUUGAAAUAAAAAAGUCUGAUGAUGUUAACUUAGCACAGAAAAAACUGGAGUUAAAGGAUAAAUUAGAGGAACUAGAUUUGUCAAACAGUAAAACUGCACACAACUUAGUGCAGAAAAAAAUGAAAGUGGAGGAUAAAUUGGAGGAACCAGAUUUGCCAAGAGGUAAAACUGCACACAACUUAGUGCAAGAAAAACUGCAGGUGGAGGAU